GAGAUAGUGGGAGAUGCCAUUAAUCUCAAUUUGGAGAAAUGUUUCAAAAACCAGGUUUUCGCCAACUUCUCUUCCGAAAUGGGAACUCCCGGCUCCCUUGUUGACUUGGAAGUGAAAACCACAUCAGCUUCUUCCUGCCUCAUCCGUAUCCUCGAUUCCAGCCUCCUGCUUCUUGAUGUAGGGGAAACCUUUUCUGCUGCUAUGGUAUACAACUCUCUUCAGUAUACCAGCCUGAAUGGAUACUAUGCAGCAGGAUUCAAUGUGGAGCCUCCUCAGCCUCCCUGUAUUGAUGCUAAAAAACAGAUUCUUGUUAAUGGUACCUACUUUGAGCCUGUUAACUUCCCAGGGGAAAAAGACGUCAGUAAGGUUUAUCGUGAUAUCGGUAUGCAUGUAAUCACUGGU